AUGUCUAAGGGAAGGAUACAGGGAGCGGCGAGGAUUCUCGCCGCGCCGGCGCUCUCCGGCGACGUCACGGAAGGCAUUCCCGAACUCGAAGAGAGCGACGUGUGGCCUGAAUUACAGGAUGCUUCUGGGGAUCACAUCGAAUAUUCCGACGCUGAUGCUGACGAUGGAAGCCGUGCUCCGGCCCGGAGAAUGGGACGGAGCCGCCGCAGAAGCUUGGGCAGGCGGUACGUCGGCGGGCUAACCCUCGCCUUGGAGGACGCCCGCAAGGGAACUUCUCCUGCGGCGGCUCACCCAUCUCAGCCGCGCGAGGGGCAUCGGGCAGCGGCGUCGGCGCCCAUGGACGUGCCGGUCUGGCCGAGUUGGCUCCAAUCUGGUUCUCCGGCAGAAAGGAAAGCCGAUGAAGAGGAGGAGGAGGAGGAAUAUUCCGGGGACAGUGAGUGGAUCCCGCCGCACGAGUACCUGGCGCGGGCGCGGCGGCGGAGCGCGGCAACAUCGGUUUUGGAGGGCGUCGGCCGGACGCUCAAAGGCCGGGAUAUGAGACGUGUACGCGACGCGGUCUGGAGUCAGACCGGUUUCUUUGGUUGA